AGACGGUGUGACAGAUAUAAUCUCAAAGACAAACGAUGUAAAUAUUUCAUAAUUCCGCGCAUCUUUUCUUCAUUCUGUCAUUAACGUUAAACGACUCAAAAAGUGUUUAAAAUGGAAAAUAAACAAAAGAAAUUGUUCACCUUAGUCUUUGUAUUCGAUGACGAUAAGCAACGUCUGCUGCUCGGAUUGAAGAAACGAGGAUUCGGAUUGGGAAAAUAUAAUGGUUUCGGUGGCAAGGUCGAAGCAAACGAAUCGAUCGUUGACGCUGCAGCACGCGAACUGAAUGAAGAGUGUGGACUUAGUGUGCGUGACAGUAAUGCACUUACAUUCGCUGGCAUCAAUUAUUUCGAUUUCAUUGGUCAUCCAGUCGUGUUCGAGGUUCACGUUUUCAAAAUUCGUUUCUCAGAUGUGAACGGUACCGUCACUGAAUCGAAUGAAAUGAGACCGCAAUGGUACAGGUAUGACGAAAUUCCAUUCGAUCAAAUGUGGCCGGAUGACAGAUACUGGUUUCCGUCGCUGUUCAAAACGGACGUCAAGUUUACCGGUCGUUAUUUAUUUGAAUCAAUUGAGAGUGAUGUUCUCGUUGAAGAAAAUUUGGUGGAAGAGAGAAACGAUACAACUGUUUUAAAGAGAAAGAAUACAAAUGUUGAAUGUAUCUCUGUAAAGUACAAUAAUUAAAAGCAUUUUUGUAAGCUGAU